AUGGCAAACACAGAGGCUCUUUACCUAGACGAUGCCUCGCUCCGGGAAUUGACCACCGAGGUCCUAUCCUCACAGUCAAUCACAUCUCUCUCCGAAGAAGAAAAAAGCCUAGCCAAAAAUAUUCCCACUGAAGACAUCGCACUGACAAUGCGGCAAACAAUAUUCUAUGCCCAAGGCGGCGGCCAGCCCAGCGACACCGGUGCAAUUGGACCAACAGGCCAAGACGCAACAUUCUCGGUAUCAUUAGUGCGCAAGACGCCCGACGGAAGAUAUCUCCAUUUCGGAAAAUAUGUUGAUGCCACGCCAUUCACUGCUGGUCAGCUAGUCGUGCAGAAAAUCGAUGACUCGAAGCGCAAUUAUCAUUCACGGCUGCAUACCGCGGGCCACAUCGUCGGACUAGCGAUGCAGCUUCUAAUGCCUGACAGGAAGAAAGUCAAGGCGAAUCAUUUCCCCAACGAGGCAUCAAUGGAGUAUAAGGGUCUACUGUAUAACGAGGACAAGCCGGUGAUCCAAGAAAAGGUUAAUGAGCUUGUGCGGCAAGAUCUGAAAAUCCUUAUCUCGUGGAGUGAGGGUGGAGCCGAUGGCGAGGAAGGACGUUCGCAUGAUGGCCGGACGAGGAUAGCGAGCAUUGGUGGACUGGAUUACAAUCCUUGCGGUGGGACUCAUGUGCCGCGAACGGGACUGGUUGGGUCUAUUGUUAUUCGCAAGAUCAGUCGGCAGAAGGGGAUCAGUCGGGUGUCUUAUGAUGUCUCUCCCGAGGUUGAGAGGUAG